CACCACCUCUCUCUCAAGAUGCGUUUCCUGCUCAGCACGGGCUUCCGGGAGCAGCGCAGCGCAUCCUGAGAGGCCCGCCGCCCCCGCGGCCCCGGCUCGACAUGGAGCUGCCGACCGGCGCCUACAACGGCACUGCCGCAGGGCUGGAGCUGCCGCGCGCGCUGGCCAACGGCUCGGCGGCGCUCUCGGAGCGGCAGCAGUACGCCAUCGGGCUCUUCCUCUCCUGCCUGUACACCGUCUUCCUCUUCCCCAUCGGCUUCGUGGGCAACCUGCUCAUCCUGGUGGUGAACAUCCGCUUCCGGGAGAAGAUGACCAUCCCCGACCUGUACUUCAUCAACCUGGCAGCCGCAGACCUCAUCCUGGUGGCAGACUCGCUCAUCGAGGUGUUCAACCUGGACGAGCAGUACUACGGCAUCGCCGCGCUCUGCACCUUCAUGUCGCUCUUCCUGCAGGCCAACAUGUACAGCAGCGUCUUCUUCCUCACCUGGAUGAGCUUCGACCGCUACCUGGCCCUGGCCAAGGCCGUGCGCUGCGGCCCGCUCCGCACCAAGCCCCGCGCGCGGCUGAGCUGCGGCCUCAUCUGGCUGGCCUCCGUGUCCGCCACGCUGGUGCCCUUCACGGCCGUCCACCUGCAGCACGGCGAGGACGCGUGCUUCUGCUUCGCGGACGUGCGGGAGGUGCAGUGGCUGGAGGUCACGCUGGGCUUCGUGCUGCCCUUCGCCGUCAUCGGCCUCUGCUACUCGCUCAUCGUGCGCGCGCUGGUGAGCGCGCCGCGGCGCCGCGGCCUGCGCCCGCGGAGGCAGAAGGCGCUGCGCAUGAUCCUGGCCGUGGUGCUGGUCUUCUUCGUGUGCUGGCUGCCCGAGAACGUCUUCAUCAGCGUGCACCUGCUCCAGCGCGCGCCGCCCGGGGCCGCGCCCUGCCAGCGCUCCCCGCGCCACGCCCACCCGCUGGCCGGCCACGUGGUCAACCUGGCCGCCUUCUCCAACAGCUGCCUCAACCCGCUCAUCUACAGCUUCCUCGGGGAGACCUUCCGCGACAAGCUGCGGCUCUACCUGGAGCAGAAAACCGGCCUGUCGGCCUUGAACCGCCUCUGCCACGCGGCCCUGAAGGCCGUGGUCCCGGACGGCGCAGAACAGGCCGAGGUGAAGCUCAGCAGCGCCGUGUAGGGGCCGCAGGAGUGGACGGCGCGCCCCACGCGGCCCUGGGGCAUCUGUCCGCCGGCUGCUCCCACAGAGCCGUCCCCUGCCUCCGGCACACGCUGGGCCCG